UUUUUUCUUCUUCGUCAUCUCCAGCCUUGACGCACCCUCCGAAGGGACUUGGACUUGGGGAUCACCAAAAACUUCACACAUCGUUUUCGACUACAGAAUACGAAUAUGUCGAACGGAACCAAUGGCCAGACCGAAGCUACGGGCUCUUCGGAAGCCCGUAACGCUUCCCAGCGUUAUCUCAGCACGAGGGGCGAGGACUACGACUUUUCCUUUGAACACGUCGUUUUAAAGGGCCUCGCCUCUGAUGGUGGUCUUUAUAUCCCAGAAGAGAUUCCUUCGGCAUCCAAUUGGCAAAGCUGGAAGGAUUUGUCUUUCCCCGACCUGGCCCUUGAGGUUUUAUCUUUGUACAUUGCGCCAUCCGAAAUUCCGCGUGACGAUUUAAAGGGCAUCAUUGACAGGAGUUACUCAACCUUCCGAGCCCCUGAGACGACCCCUUUACGACAUCUUCACGACAACUUAUACCUACUAGAACUAUUCCACGGCCCUACAUUCGCAUUCAAGGAUGUUGCUCUGCAAUUUCUGGGUAACUUAUUCGAAUACUUCCUCGUACGAAAGAACGUAGGAAAGACGGGAACCGACCGACACCAUCUCACUGUGGUUGGUGCUACCAGCGGUGAUACCGGCUCAGCAGCUAUCUAUGGACUCCGCGGCAAGAAAGAUGUGUCGGUUUUCAUACUGCAUCCCAAGGGCAGGGUUAGCCCUAUCCAGGAGGCCCAGAUGACCACCGUAUUAGACGCCAACGUACACAACCUAGCAGUCAAGGGCACUUUCGACGAUUGCCAGGACAUCCUGAAGAUCCUAUUCGUCGACCCUGACAUUAACUCGACUCUCAACUUAGGAGCGGUUAACUCGAUAAAUUGGGCUCGUAUUCUCGCUCAAAUUGUUUAUUAUUUCUACUCAUACUUCUCACUUGUCAAGUCAUCAACAAUAAAACUCGGCGACAAGGUCCGCUUCGUCGUACCAAGUGGUAACUUCGGCGAUAUCCUAGCAGGUUACUUCGCACACAGAAUGGGUCUUCCCACUGAAAAAUUAGUGAUCGCAACCAACGAGAACGACAUAUUAGAUCGAUUCUGGAAGACUGGAAGAUACGAGAAGAAACCCGCCUACGGUAAGGAGGCACAGGGAGGUCUGACACAGGAUGGCGUCAAGGCUCACGAAGACGGUGUUAAAGAGACGCUAAGCCCUGCGAUGGAUAUUCUCGUUUCUAGUAACUUCGAGCGACUACUCUGGUUCCUAGCUUAUGAGUUUGCAUCUCUCGCCGGAAUGGACGACGAGUGGAAUAGAAAACAAGCCGGUCAAGAGGUAACUGCCUGGAUGAAGCAACUAAAGUCAAGUGGCGGCUUUGGUCCAGUCUACCAAGAUGUGCACAAGAGCGCUAGACGUGAUUUCGAAAGCGAGCGAGUGAGCGAUUCGCAAACAGUGGAGACGAUCAAGAAUUACUUCAAGAAGAUUGAUUACGUUCUUGACCCCCACUCAGCAAUUGGUGUAACCGCCUCUCUACGAUCAUUGGAGCGAUCCAAGGCACCUCAUAUCUCUCUUUCGACCGCCCACCCCGCCAAAUUUGCUGGUGCUGUUGAGAUGGCGCUAAAAGAUGAGGCUGGGUUCAGCUUCGAGGAGAAAGUUCUCCCGCCGGAGUUCGUCGGUCUAGAUAAGAAAGAAAGGAGAGUUGACGAUGUCGAUAACGAUUGGCAGAAAGUUAGAGAAAUCGUCAAGAAGCAGGUAGAAGAAGAGUUGAAGGGUCUUGCAUAGGAUGGCGUUCAGAUUUGUUAAAAGCAUCAUCGGAUCAUUUGCAUAGAAGCUUGUAUACGUGCCUUCUAAGGGCGUACAUAUUCAGACGUAGAUGUUACAGUCAUCAAUUUAUACCCUCAAAACCAACA